CCUCCGGAAGUGUCGAUCGCGUGGAAGCACUACCUCCACAACAAAUUCCCACAACUACAUAUCGUCCUAUACACCAACGACCCUCAGAACUUCGUACCCUACCUGGCCGAUUCUCAGGGGGAUAAUUGCAGCGUGGCUGAAAAGGGCAAAAGGAUGGAUAUUUCUGUGUUUGGGAAAAUUAAAACUGCGAGGAGGAAGCCGACGGCCAAGUGCAAUUACGCACCGCCUAUUGGACUGCAGGAGUUGUUGUCUGCAUGUGAGAAGUGUAUUCGGAACAACAAGAACAAAGGGAAGCGGGACUUUGACUUCACAGCGUGGCAGUACAAAGUGUCGAAACAGAUGAGCAGAAACUACGACUACAGAGAAGCCACCAUGUGUGCCGCGGACCAAAGACUCACCAUAGGAUGUGUGGGACACCCAAAUGUCGGCAAAAGCUCCGUCAUCAACAGCAUCAUCGGCAAGAAAGUAGUGUCAACUUCGAGGACUCCCGGACACACGAAGCACUUCCAGACACACUUUGUGACAUGCAAUGUGCAGUUGUGCGACUGCCCUGGACUGGUGUUUCCCUCUAUUGUGGACAAACAGCAGCAGAUAUUCUCGGGACUGUUUCCUAUUGCCCAGGUGCAAGAGCCCUACACACCUGUAGGUUUCAUAGCAGACAGACUGCCCCUGGUGGAGAUGUUGGGACUGAAACACCCGCAGGGGGAGGGGGAACAAUGGACUGCGUGGGAUGUGUGUGAGGCAUGGGCUGUCAAGAGGGGCUUCAGGAUUGCGCGUACGAGCAAGUUCGACGUGUACAGAGCGGCCAACCACCUGCUACGCCUGACAGUCGAAGGGAGGAUCUGCAUGGCAACGUAUCCUCCGAACUACUUCUCCGAAGAACACAUGUGGAGGUCAUCGGAGGAAACGAAGCAGUUGAUCAAACUGGUUGAGGGGUCGAAGGUGGGGGCAGCAGGUGGGGGUUGGGAUGUGUCCGAGUCAUCCAGUCGAUCGAAGAGCAGAGAUACUCUAGCUAUCGAUGUGGAACGAAAUCAAAUGUCCGACGACAGCCGAAGUUUGUCUCCUGGAAACAGCGCUCGGUCUGGCGAAAGAGAGUCCGAAAAUGAGGAGGAGGGGGAAGGAGACAAUGUCAACGCUCAGAGAAGUUCUCCAUCCGAGGGGGGCUCUACGAGAAAGGGGAGCAAAAAAGAGAGAAAAGCUUCGGACAGUGCUAGAGUGGCGAACAAAUUCUCAGAACUGCUCGAUUUUUCUUCAGAUUGACAAUGGCAGCUGAUCGCAUAAUAAGUGGCAGAAAGUUGGAACAGGAAGAAUUAUUUAAAAAGAGCAAACGAAGUAUUUCACAAUUUUUUUCGAUUCGUCAGACAGAUUCAUGUUCGUUUCAUGACCAGCUGAAAAUUCAAGUUUGUGUGCGAAAUUUGGUCAAAAUUGGCAGAUUUUCCUUGUGAUAAAUUCUGACUGUUCAAUUUUUUCGCAACUCUCAGUAGAAGUUGUGCUGUUUUCGAAAUGCCAUUUAUAUUCUUUGGGAUUACCAGCUAUAGAACUUAAAUUCUUCUGCUAUUUGAAAAUACGUUAACCUGCUUUCAUUACAGCUACUAAAUAGUCAUAUUGUUAGUUUAAUGAUGGAUCUGAAAUGAUACUAAAUCAAAGAAAAAUGAUGCGUCAACCAUUGUUUUGCAGUUGUGAAGACGAACUUAAAUAACCUACGCAUGUCAGAUUUAGAAAUUUUUGUGAACUACAUCUUCAUAAUUCCAAAUUCGGUUUG